AUGGCUGCCCUCUCCACCGCACGCACCCAGUCCUGGUUGUCGGAUGACGGCAAGGGAGCCCCCCAUGACAGUGAUACACUCGAGAAAGGCGCACAGGCCGCAGCCACCCCGGUUUGGAGACGGGUUCUGGGCGGGAUGCAUGAAGGCCAUGAGACGAAACGUGCGAUGAAGAGUCGCCAUUUGACCAUGAUCGCUAUUGGGGGCACGAUAGGCACCGGCAUCUUCCUCAGUGCAGGAUCGGCUAUCUCCCUCGCCGGUCCAGGCAGCUCCCUCCUAUCCUACUUCGCCGUUGGCGUCUUCUGCUACGGCGUAGUCAUCUCACUUGGUGAGAUGGCCGCAUACAUCCCUGUUACUGGUUCUUUCGCGUCGUUUGGAUCGCGGUUCUUCUCUCCGGCACUCGGCUUCACUCUAGGAUGGAACUACUGGCUCCAGUGUGAACUAACUGCUGCAGCAGUCAUCCUACAGUAUUGGGACUCCCGUCUGACGGCUUGGCAGUACGCCUUGAUCCUCAUCGUGCCUAUCUUCAUCAUACAGCUGAUUCAUGUUCGAGUCUACGGAGAGUCAGAAUACUGGUUCGCUAUGAUCAAAGUCGUUAUGAUCGUCUUUUUCAUCUGCGUGGGCCUUAUCUACGAUUGGGGCGGAGUGCGCGGGCACCCGGGUCCGGGCCUCACAAACUUCCGCGAUGGACAAGCGUUUGUUGGGGGCUUCAGUGCUUUCGCGCAGACAUUCGUGUAUGCGUUCUACUCGUAUGGUGGAGUCGAGCUGGUCUCCAUUGCGGCGGGCGAGAGCGCGAGCCCACACAAGGCCGUUCCUCGUGCGGUUAAGGCGACCUUCUUCCGCAUCAUCAUCUUCUACGUCCUCACGAUGUUAACGAUUGGCCUUUGCAUCAACUACCAAGACGAGACCCUGCUCUCAGCGGCGUACGAUUCUAAUGUCGCCGCGUCUCCUAUCACCGUCGUCUUCCAGCGCGCUGGCUUUGGGGCGGCCGCACACGUCGUUAACGCGGUGCUGCUCACUGCGGUGCUCUCCGCUACCAACUCCUGCUUCUAUGCCAGCUCGCGGAUGCUGCUCGCGCUUGCACGAGCGGGUCAGGCCCCUCGCAUCUUCGGCUGGGUCAAUUCCCGAGGCGUUCCCGUCCCGUCGCUCAUGCUUUCCCUCGCCGUCUCUUGCAUCACGUUCCUCACCACGAUCUGGGGCGAAGGCGUCAUCUUCACCUGGCUCAUCAACCUCACGGGAAUUUCAUCCCUGCUUGUGUGGGGCACGAUCGGCGCAAUCUCCCUCCGCUUCCGCGCGGCGUGGCGCGCACAAGGCCGCGAUCUCGAGGAUCUCCCUUACCGCCAGCCGCUCUUCCCCGUGCUCCCCAUCAUCACGCUUGUCCUUGCGAUCGCGAUGUUCGUUGCGCAGGGUUACGCGUCCGCGGUGGAAACUCCGUUCGACGCCAAGGCACGCCUCCUCGCUUUCAAUGUCAUUGCGGUGUACAUUGGAGUGGCGGCGUACGUCCUGUGCUACAUCGGUUACACGCUCUACGAGUGGGUGUGGUUGGGCAAGCGUUCGCACAUGGUGCCCCUCAAGGAGGUCGACCUUGACACCGACGCGGUGUGGGGUCCUGGAGGUGGUGUGCGCAUGCGCGAACAGGAGGCGGUGGAACGUGCCACGCGCGACAAGGCGGACAUCGCGGACGGGCGCCGGAUGCGUGUGUGGGUGCGCCAGGUGGGGCGGUACGCUGCAUGA